AUGGCGACCAAGACUACGCGAGCCGACUUUGUAAAGGUCUUUCCGACUCUGGUAGAAGACCUGCUGGGAGAGGCCCGAAAGUACCACCUUCCCGACAACGCGCUUGAAUGGUUCAAGAAGUCCCUCAAUACGAACACGCCUACAGGUAAACUGAACCGAGGAAUGUCGGUGCCAGAUACGGGCUCGCAGCUUCUCGACCGACCCUUAACGCCAGAGGAAUUCAAAGACCUCGGAACCCUGGGUUGGCUCACCGAACUUUUGCAAGCUUUCUUCCUUGUCAGUGACGAUAUCAUGGAUGCCAGUAUCACGCGUCGGGGAGAGCCAUGUUGGUAUCGACGGCCAGGAGUUGGGAUGGUUGCCAUCAACGACGCAUUCAUGCUGGAGUCUGGAAUAUACCUCAUUCUGAAGAAACAUUUCCGAUCACAUCCUGCAUACCUCGAACUGAUGGAACUGUUUCAUGAAGUGACCUGGCAGACUGAGUUGGGCCAGUUGUGUGAUUUGAUCACGGCACCGGAAGACCAUGUCGACCUGAACAACUUCAGCAUGAACAAGUACACCUUCAUUGUGAUAUACAAGACAGCAUACUACUCCUUCUACUUACCGGUCGCACUGGCCCUGCACUACCUUCAACUAGCGACGCCACAGAACUUGAAACAAGCGCAUGAUAUUCUGAUACCCCUCGGCGAGUAUUUCCAAAUCCAAGACGACUAUCUCGAUGCGUUCGGAGAUCCUGCAUUUAUUGGAAAGAUUGGAACGGACAUCAAGGAUAACAAGUGCGGGUGGUUGAUCAAUCAAGCAUUGUUGAUAUGCACACCAGAGCAGAGAAAAUUACUGGACGAGAACUAUGGACAAAAGGACGACGCCAAAGAAGCAAAGGUGAAGGAAUUGUACAACGAGUUGCAAUUAGAAAAGAGAUACCAUGAGUACGAAGAGAAACGAGUUGGUGAGAUCCGACAAAUGAUCGCGGCCGUGGAUGAAAGCGCAGGAUUAAAGAAGGGCAUUUUCGAGGUCUUCCUGGCGAAAAUAUACAAGAGAAGCAAAUAG